AUGACCGUGGCGAACGGCAAGGGAGGCUCUGAUAGACCAGAAGACCCUCGAGAUGAAAACGUCACUCCACGAGCUCAGCUAGUCGAGGACCUAGAAACGGUACCCCUCUUUGACACACUGACCGAUCAACAACUCAAGAUCGGCAUCUCCCCGUAUGUCAUCAAUCAUAGGCUCAGCAUCUGUCCGUCCUUUAAAUUGAUCCUCCAGAAACGACAAGCCUAUGACGCUGAACGGUACGAGGCAAUGAAACUUGAAGUAGACAAACUAAAGACAAUCGACUUCAUCCGGGAGGUAGCUUAUCCUAUUUGGCUCGCGAAUUUGGUCCUUGUCAAGAAGACUGGUGGGCCCUGGCGAAUGUGCUAA